AUGAGCCUCUCUGCCAAGGACAAAGCCACCAUCAAAGACUUCUGGGCCAAGAUUGCCCCAAAUGCUGAAGACAUCGGUAGCGAAGCUCUGUUCAGGAUGCUGACUGUUUACCCACAGACCAAGACCUAUUUUUCCCAUUGGAAUGACAUAAGCUAUGGCUCUGCCCAAGUGAAGAAGCAUGGAAAGGCUGUAAUGUCUGGCGUGGAAGAGGCUGUCAGCAAAAUCGAUGACCUGACCAAUGGGAUGGUCAAUCUAAGUGAGCUGCAUGCUUUCCAGCUGCGUGUUGACCCUGCCAACUUCAAGAUGCUGUCCCACAAUUUGCUCGUGGUUUUGUCCAUCAUGUUCCCUGCUGACUUUACUCCUGAGAUACAUGUGGCUAUGGAUAAAUUUCUUGUUGCUUUGUCUCUGGCUCUCUCUGAGAAGUACAGAUAA